AUGAGCGCCCUGCGCGAGUCCCCGCUCAUCGCUUCUACCAGACGUCCAGCGAUCGCGCGCCACGUCAUCUACCGCAUCCUCCACCCGGUCAAGAACUUUCUGUACAGCAUCGGUGAAUCUAUCCUUCGCUUCGUCGCCAUCCUGAUCCUCGAGCUCGCGCACGAUCUGGCCAUGUCGAUCGGCAACAUUUUCAUCGACGUCACGGAGUCGGCCACCCGGCUGAUUAAUGGCAUCACGUAUAUUCUUUUGGCCGUGCUCGAGGACGAUCUGCAGAACUACCGGGAGUUUAUCCGCGAUGAGCAGGCAGAAACCGACGAAGAUGAGCCGCUAGGAGAUGGUGACACCAUAGAUCUGGAGCGUUCCGGGGCGACUCCCGGCUGCAAGUAUUGGUACAACGGACAGUGCGAUGAAUGUGCACCGGGGACGGUAUUUAAUAACACUGAUGAUUCAAUGUGCACGCGCCUGACUCUGGAAGGUGCCGAGAUUGAGUCGUUUAUGAUCCAUGGUCAAACCGGAGCGGCGACCGCCCUCGCGUACUUCGGCGUCGAGUGCCCCAAGGAUCGCGACAAAAAUCUUUACGUGCCGGGAAUCUGCAACCAGCGCUGCCCACAGAAUUGCAGGCUCUGCCACACCAGCAAGUCGUGCUACCAGUGCGAGGCGGGCUACUUCCCGGCGUUGGCCGCCGACGGGAGGACUCCUUACUGUUUGCCGGCCUCUGUUCCCGUUGAUGGCAUCCAGACUGCCAGCCCGUGUCCAGAGAACUACAUCCGGGUCGGCUCGUUGUGCCAGGAGUGCAAAGCGUGGACCCCUCGAUGCGUGUCGUGUGUAGCCCUCUUCUACGGCGAGCUCGACGACGCCGAGCUGAUCUGCUGGCGCUAUGAGGACAUCGUACAAGCCGCCGCCCUCGAAGAGCUCGAGAUCAUGGUGUUCAUGCGCAAGUCUCGAACGGGGAGCAGCAGCUCGAAGGCGCUGAGUUUCACCCCGCCGGUGCGCGAGCACAGCCUCGAUGCGUUCGGGAACCUGGUUUUGUCCUCCUCCUCCAACUCUCGGCGCUGCAACCCGCUCGACCAGCAGGAGCGCGUCAUCGUCAGGCAAAAUCUCCGCCCCCAAGCCCUCCUCAACAUGCGCCUGAAGCGAAACCUCGAGAUGCGCAAAGAGGAAGCGAUCAAGCGCCAUGCGAAAUCGUCGAAGAGUGGCUCUUUAUCCAUCCGCACCACCCAGGAGAGCUACCAGGGCACCGGGGACGCGACGUCGUUCUCCCGGGAGACGGGGACCGGCGAGACCCGCAGCAGAACGGUGCCCACCGGGACCUCGACCCCGACGCUGCCCACCUACGAGCAGCGGCCCGUCACGCAGGAAGAGGUGGAACGGAGACGAAGCCUCAUGAGCAGCGAUCUCAACGACCACGACUUCCCAGUGCACAAGAUCGCAAAGGUGAUGGAGGACGACGUGCUCGUCGAGUACCACGUCCGGCAAUGCAGCACGCUCAGCGGACUGAUCGAUUAUGGACUCGUGCACGACUCACUUUGGCGCGGCGCCCACUGCAUGUUCAGCGAACCUCUGGGUGAGCUCUACGACGAGGUGUGUGCAGCCUGCCCGUUCGGCUGGACGCACGGGAUGGACCCCAAAACCUGCAAUCAUAUCACCGUCUACACAUGGGUCGACGAUGCAAUGGAGGAGGUGCGCGUCGAAUUGGAGCGUCGCGGACUCGUCACGGCGCCCGUGUGCAAGAGCGGUCACUUUUCGGUACCAGGAAGCCCCAGCACAGGCGAUGAACAUUGCGAAAAGUGUCAACCCUUCUGCGAGAUUUGCCUCCCGACAAGGGAUUGCAUUCGCUGCAAGCUUGGCUAUCUGCCCACCUACCACAAUCGGCAGUGCGCCCCGAUAAGGCCCAGGUUGCCGCAGGAGAAUUGGUGCCCACCUGGCCAUCUUCGGGUCGACUAUCGCUGUAUGCCGAUUUCGGCGUGGGUCCGGCAUUGCAUCAGGGUUCACCCGGCACAGCAUUAUCAUGUACAGCGAAAAACCCUGCCCGAGUUCUACCGUAUGCGCGACGUCCGUGACUACGCCACCAUCGUUCAGGUGCCGAUGUAUUGGAAUAUCAGAUGGUCGAAUGAAGAAGACACCCGCCAAGUCUGCUACGUCUAUCGGAAUGUGCUACAUCUGGAUGGAUGCCACGCAGACCAAUGCCAGCCCGGCUUCAGAAUCACCGAACCCCUCCCGGGGGUUCGCGUCUGCACUUGGGACGGUUUUCAGAAGCGGGAAACUGCGGAUGGUCAUCUUUUCGACUACUACUGGGCGAGCAACAUCGACUUAGACGAGUUCUCGAUCGCCACCAAGGCGCUGCUGUACAUGGGCUCGCCGGUACUGCUCGUGCUCUACCUGGCGCUGCAGAUUGCGAUUACGGGAUCCUCUUCCUCAACAUCCCAUCACAUGCACUUCGGCUCGGCCUCCCACCGCUACAUUAUUCGACCAAAUUUGCGCGCCCGCGCUCGCCUCAACAUGCGCCUCAAAAGUAUGAUGAGCCGCAACAGGGUUACCGUGACGGCGACUCGUCCGACUUUGGAAACGUCGACUACGCAGGACAGCCAUCGACGUGAAACGACAACGACCGCCACAAGCACGGCCACCGGAACUGGUACUCGUACUGGAACGGGAGAUGACCCCACCACCGUACACCAUGGCACCGAUUGGAAGACCGAACGCUCCGAUAAGCAGACACACGCGAGAUCUGACGAGCCGGCAUCCGAGCCCAUGCCCGAGUUUCCGACUGAAGUUACGGUUCCACCUCCACGUCAGCCCCGCACGAAAUCAUCGGAAUGCACCGCGCCCACGAAGACGACCACCACGGAGAAGACGAUGCUCGCCCAAAUCGAGGCCGCCGAACGGGGAUCCACCGGGCCGGAAGUCUCGAAAACGGGGCCAGACACACGCGACCCAUCCCUU